GGAACAUUGCCAAAGCAAAAAUAUUUCAACACCUUAUCCCCUCUCUAUUUCUAUCUUCUACCAAAAACCCUGCAAAAACCUCCUUCAAAUAAUGAACUGAAAACUUCAGAAUUUUUAUCAACACCAGUUGCUUUUAUACUCUUAAAUAUGGCCAUGGAGUUGUGUUCAACUUUCAAACCCAACUCAUUUGAUCUCUCCUUUUCAUCCUCAUUUUCACAUUUUUCUCUCCAAACCCAUGUAAAAAGUCCCAAUCUUGGUCCAAGAUUUCAUGUUUUAGCAGUUGCAGUAGACCCAAAAGAGCUUCCUCAAAAUAGUCCCCAAAGACUCCUCAAAGAAUUAGCAGAGCGUAAAAAAAUAGUAUCCCCUAAAAGAAAAGUACCCCAAAAAAGAUUUAUCCUUAAACCCCCUUUAGAUGAUGCUAAGUUAGCUGAAAGAUUCCUUAAUAGUCCACAAUUGUCAUUAAAAUCAUUCCCUUUAUUGAGUUCUUGUUUACCUUGUUCAAGACUCAAUAAUGCUGAUAAAACUUGGAUUGAUGAGUAUUUGCUCGAGGUGAAACAGGCUUUAGGGUACCCUUUAGAGCCAUCUGAAAAUUUUGGGGAUGAAAAUCCGGCGAAACAAUUUGAUACAUUGUUGUAUUUAGCAUUUCAGCAUCCUAAGUGUGAGAGGACUAACGCGAGGCACGUGAGGUCGGGGCAUUCAAGAUUGGGUUUUUUAGGACAGUAUGUUCUUGAAUUGUGUUUGUGUGAGUUUUUCUUGCAAAGGUAUCCUAGGGAGUCGCCCGGUCCAAUGAGGGAACGGGUGUAUGCUUUGAUUGGGAAAAGGUAUCUGCCUAAGUGGAUUAAAAAUGCUAGCUUGCAAAAUUUGAUUUUUCCAUAUGACGAUAUGGAUAAAUUAAAGAGGCUCGAUAGGGAACCACCUGUCAAAUCUGUGUUCUGGGCUUUGUUUGGAGCAAUAUACUUGUGUUUUGGGAUGCCUGAAGUUUAUCGUGUCCUAUUUGAAGUGUGUGGAAUGGAUCCUGAGGCUGAAGAUUGCCAGCCUAAAUUGAGGAGACAGUUGGAAGAUGUAGACUAUGUCUCUGUAGAAUUUGAAGGGAGAAAGCUUAGUUGGCAGGAUGUUGCUUCUUAUAAGCCUCCAGAGGAUGCUCUCUUUGCACAUCCAAGGGUUUUUAGGGCAUGUGUUCCACCAGGCAUGCAUAGGUUCCGUGGUAAUGUAUGGGAUUAUACCAGCAGACCUCAAGUUAUGCAGACAUUGGGAUACCCAUUGGCAAUGAAUGAUAGGAUUCCUGAGAUUACUGAAGCCAGAAAUAUUGAACUUGGACUUGGUUUACAGCUCUCUUUCUUGCACCCAUCAAAAUACAAGUUUGAGCAUCCGAGGUUUUGCUAUGAGCGGCUAGAAUACCUUGGCCAAAAAAUUCAGGAUUUGGUAAUGGCGGAAAGGUUACUUAUGAAGCAUCUCGACGCUCCUGGGAGAUGGUUGCAAGAGAAACACAGACGUAUCUUGAUGAACAAAUUCUGCGGGAGAUACUUGCGAGAAAAGUAUCUCCAUCGCUUUAUCAUUUAUAGCGAGGAGGUUCAGGAUGCAUUCGAGCACAACCGUAGGCUCAGAAAUCCAGCUACAACUUCUGUUCAACAAGCUAUUCAUGGACUCUCUUAUGCUAUAUAUGGGAAGCCGGAUGUAAGACGCCUCAUGUUUGAGGUUUUUGACUUUGAGCAGAUCCAACCCAAGGUGGUAUGAGUACUAACAGAGAGAGAUUGUAUUAUCUGUCUAACCCAAUUUGGUGGUGAUGUUAUAUUAUGUGUUGCAUUAAUAGGAUUGAGAUUUUUAGAUAUAAAAAAAGUCACAGGAGGAAUAGCAUAAUACAGAUUAUGAACUCUCAUGGUUAGUGUAGAUUAGAUGUAUUGCUGCAGGCUUUGCAUUGUACAGUGUUAUGUUUCCAAUGUCAUAUUAAAAGAUUAUGACAAAAGAGAGAUGCUUUUCACUA